AAGUAAGGUGUUUUAUCGCAUUCACAAGGGAUAAUCAAUAAUUUGUUACUCGUUCUUUAUUUACUGAAUUUAUUUUAUGCAAUUACUUCACAUGAAAAUUACUUAGAAUGGAAUUAGAAUACAAGGAAAAUUCUAUUGAGAAUUCCAUCUAUUCAAUGCUUCCAAUUCCAGAUUAUUAAGUAGCUGUCAAAAAGUAGGAAAAUCACUUCGUAUCCUUGGUGACUACCUUAGCAACCAAUACAACAACAUAGCAACAUUAGAGGGGUUAAAGCCUAGGGGUGGAAAUUUGAAUUGAUCUCUUCCCUUUUUCAAGCAAUCAGAGAGAUGAUUGGAUAAAUUACCCCACACAUUUCUGGAAUAUGCUUCUGUUACAUUUUCUUUUGAAGAUGAUCUAAACGGAAGGAGCUUUGAGAUAGCCUUGGAGACCAGUCAUGGCAACAGCAGCUCGUUUCACUGCAGGAGGAAGCAGCAGCCCUCCCACCCCUGCUCCAGCGACUACUCCUCCGGUCCAGCCCCAGACCACCCAGCUAAUCGUGCUACCUGCCAGUCUGCAUCAGGCUGGUGCUGCUGGGACUAUAGUGAAUGGUGUGCCAGUGAUAGAUGUAUCAGCAUUAGAACAAGCAGCAGAGUCAAGUAACGAAAGCACUGCAACUGGAGAACAUCAUAGUGAAGCUCACGAAACGGACCCUAUUGGUCAAAGUUCACCUCAUUUCAUAACUGUUACAGUUGCAGAGGGAGACGCUGUGGCCUCUCAUCAGGGAUACCAUAUCCAGUAUGUCGAACCAGAGAUUUACGCCACCCAGACUGGGGGCGGCCAGGCACAAAUGUUGUAUUCCAGGGCGUACCCGGUUUAUACGGUAGGAGAAUCCGGUACGUUGUACUCGGCUGGACAGAAUCAGUAUUAUGCAGCCACGAACACAGGAGCUGCUGCUCCAACGGCUACGGUGGGCUACACAACCGGUGGUCAUUACGUAGUACAACAGGCUGUGGAUACGGAAAGUCUCAUUACCUCGAGAAAUUCACCCCAAACAAGCAAUGCAGAAACUACUUAUGUGGCAACAGCCACUGUGCAUGCUUCUCAAUCUUCAAGUCAAGUAUCUACUGAGGACAUUGGAUCAGGUAUUGGGCAUGCUACAAGAGUUUCUCCAGCUACUGUGCAAUGGCUUCUUGAGAAUUAUGAAACCGCAGAAGGCGUGUCAUUACCAAGAUCGACAUUAUAUGCACAUUACUUACGGCACUGUGGCGAUCAUAAAUUAGAACCGGUUAAUGCCGCUUCUUUUGGAAAGCUAAUUCGUUCUGUAUUUUUAGGUCUACGUACUCGUAGACUCGGGACAAGGGGCAAUUCGAAAUAUCAUUACUACGGCAUUAGGGUAAAGCCAGGAUCAUCCUUGGUCAACGUAGAUGAUUCUGGAAAUCGAGUGUCUGUGGCCUCAACAUCAUCUGGAAAGCCUCAAACUACCAUAAGACCAUUUAAACGGAGUGGCGAAUCUUCUGAGGCAACCGUUUCGCUAAUGCUCUCGCAACAUAUAACUUACCUUGGUGAUGGUAGUAACGCAAUUCCUCCUUUUCCCGAUAUGCUUUUUAACGAACAGCUACCCGAUGAUUGCAGCUUUGAUGAUGUGGACACACUAAAAUCAAUUUAUAGGGAGCAUCUAGAAGCUUUCUUGGAUGCUGUUUUGAGCCUUGAAUUCACUACUGUUGAAUCACUUUGGAGAGAAUUCUGGAGAUCCCAAUACAACAAUAAUGGUGACGAAUGUGAAGAAGAGAAAUAUUUAUCCAAGUCGAAAUUAUUCAGUCUGUGUUCGUUGGAACCAGUACAGAGCUUCAUGAAACAAGUAGACCUCAUGUUUUACCAGAAUUUGAUACAAGUUCUAGUCCCUGAUGUUCUCAAACCAAUUCCAGCUACUUUAACCCAGUCGAUCAGGAAUUUUGCCAAAAACCUUGAGAGUUGGCUGACGAGCGCUAUGAGUGGAGCGCCACCUGCCAUGCUGUCUGUUAAACUGUCUGCGGUGUCCGCUUUCAGCUCUAGUCUUCGUCGUUACACGUCUUUGAAUCAUCUAGCUCAGGCUGCCAGAGCCGUUUUACACAAUACCACUCAAAUCUCCCAAAUGUUGGCAGACCUGAAUAGAGUUGAUUUCAAUAGUGUUCGAGAACAAGCAUCGUGGGUGUGUCAGUGUGAGAACGACAUCUUGGCUAGAUUUGAGAGCGAUUUCAAACUGACAUUGCAGCAACAAAAUUCAUUGGAGCAAUGGGCAUCUUGGCUCAAGGUCGUUGUCAAAAAGGCCCUGAAGCCUUAUGAAGGAAAGCCAUCGUUUUCUAAAGCGGCUAGACAGUUUUUGUUGAAAUGGAGUUUUUAUAGUUCGAUGGUUAUCCGAGAUCUAACUCUCAGAUCAGCAGCAAGUUUUGGUUCUUUCCAUCUUAUUCGUUUGCUAUAUGAUGAAUAUAUGUUUUAUCUGAUUGAACAUCAAGUGGCUGAAGCUACAGGCUGUGUUCCAAUAGCGGUCAUAAGUGAAGGAAUUAAGCAAGAUAUCAUGCAAAACAACAUAAGCAUGUUCCCUGGUGAUGGUUUGUGCAAUGGAAUGAUCAAUACGAAAUUGGGAUGUCAAAGUCCUUCAGAUACAAAAAGACAGAAAAUUAGCUAGCUUUCCAAAAAGAGUGGGAAUCAUCGUCAGAAUUCAGUGAUGAGUGUGUAUCUUAGUCAUAUUUUGUUCACAAUUAGUCAGUUUUUUUUUUUAAUUCCGACUGAGUUAUAUCUUUUAAUUCAGUCUUCUUCAUUCCACUUUGUUUCUUAUUUGUGCAAUUACUUAAAACUACCAAGCAUGUUGAAUGCUAAUUAUUUGUAUGACAAAUAACUCAGUAUACUGUAAGAUGUGUAUGUAUAUAAUAUUAAUUAUUUAUGCUAUCAGCAUUAUUCAUGUGGAAAUAGGUAUUCAUGUUCUUAGCAAGCACAAAUUGCGAGAAUAUCCAUUUCCUUGCAUUGUAUAACUCUCUAGAAUUUCUACUUGUAUAAAAUGUAUCUUAUUAAUUUGAAUUUCUGAAUUGGUUUUUAUCGAUUGAAUUGAUUUAUGAUAUUUAUUUAUUAGAUAUCAGUAGAACUUCUGGGGAAAAGUUUGUGACUGAUUUUUGUUGUGAUUCAUCUAAUUUAUUGUUUUCCAAUAUAUGUUAUUGAUGUUA